AAAUGAAGGCGUCUGCCUAUCGGAAAAGGCGCAAACAAAUUCGUGAAUUGACUCUGUUGCAUGCCGCUGUUCAUGUUUGCAUGCGUCAGAAAACGUCGGACAAUGGAUUCUUCGUUUGAGAUGUGCCGCUCAUUUCUCACUGCCACCCCGAUGUGUUUGUGUCUCCCACAGCUUGGCAGAUUCUGGCAACAUUCGGGGGGGAAAAUGUCUUUCGUUUUUUCGUCAACGUCGCUCUAAUGGGCUGUUCACUUCCCCAAGGUCAUUCAGCCUUGACGUGGCGCCUCGACAUGGGUCUGCUCUUGUCCCUGGUCUCACUCCACAGCAGAUUGACUUUUCUGUAUUGCUUGGGGCGCUUCUCGAGUAAGUAUGCUUGUUGUUUCUACGUUACUCUGAUUUUCGGUACCACGCUUGUCUCUUCACCAACUUCCGCAUCCAUAGUCCUGACUAGCGUACGCAACUGGUGCCAGGCACAGCCUCUGUUCCGUGUAGCGAAUCGUCAUGCGCAUGCCCUUCAACAGUCUGUAGUUUCACCAUGUUGGCUUAGACAAAAUACCUUCCUUCCAACUCGAAAGUUUUCAGAUCUGCCGUUGCAUGUGGCUUCAGAAAAGGGCCAUGGGUCAGAACAUACACCGAGUUCUUUCAAGCCAGCGAACAAGCCCGCUUAUUGGAACACACAUUUGACCGUCUUGCGAGUGUCACCCGAUCCAAGCAGAAAGCGGUUCCCUUCAUCUGGCAAAGACCCCCGGCGUCACCCCAGCUGUGCAUUUGUUGUAUUUGUUGGACCAACAUUUUAUGGGACCAGCUCAGGUGUGCCAGGUUCCCUCAUUUCUCGUUUCCAGCUGUCAAGACACAUUAAUUGCAGAUGCAUUAUCCUGCGUACUUUCCGGGAAACCUGUUCAAACCGUUUGUUUUUCGCGAAUGGGGGUACACCGAAUCUGUCAGUCGCGAGCGACUUCUCCCUUCAGGGCACAAAGCAUAGAGGCAACUGGUGCGAUGGGUGGUUCUUCGUUGCUCCGUUUCUUGGACUGACGCGCUCUUUCCCGGAGAGAAGCCGGCAUGCGUACGUUCCGUCAGCGAAAGGCACCUUUGCCCCAUAUUCUCAAAAGGCUGCUGGGAAUUCCGUCGGAAAAAUAAUCCACUCGGCACCUCGAGCUCUGCAUUCUGAGCAUACAGCCACGGCCUCGUGUCCGCUAGCGGCCACGCGGCAGCAGAAAUGCCAGGCAUGCAUCUCUAAAACCCCCACUCCAUCCGGUGGAGAUUCUCGCUCUCAACCAGUCGUCUGUCUAGGGGAAUUUGAAGCAACGGGGAAACCCCGGCAAGAAACAAUUGCACUGAGGGAUGGACAGCUCGAGGGCUCGCGUGGAAGCAACUCCACUGUGGGUCACGCUGCAUGCACUCCCCAGAAAAGCAACGAAAACAAGAACCAACAAAACAGUAACGCUUCGGAACCUAAGGGGCAGUCUGAACAAGAGCAGCCCACCUCCGGCAGCUACCAUGAGCAUGUGCCAGUUAUGGUCAACGAAGUUCUUCAGUACCUCAUCACCUCCAAAGAUGGGUUGUAUAUCGACUGCACAGCAGGCGGCGGUGGCCACGCGGAGGCUAUCUGGAGGGCCGUUGAAUUCGAGGGUGGAAGAUUGCUUGCCAUCGAUCGAGACGAGGAAGCAGUGGCAGCCACGCGAAACCGUAUGCGGCAACUUCGAAGGAUUCGAGUAGGUUGUGGUCUAGGUGAUACGCGCGUCGAUAACGGCAGAGAGGCCGGAGUGCGAAAAACAGAGAACACCAGAACAGGCACUAGCAGCUCUUUGGUGACGGAGAAACGCAUGCACUCUCCCCUAGAAGCUCCGUUUCAACAAAGGAAAUGGAAUUACUUCGAAUGGCAGCAGAGGAACGAGAUGGAUCCCCACGGCAUGUCGACGUUUGGAAAAGGCACGACUGCCGAGCAAUCUUCGGUAAUUGUCCUGCAAAGUUCGUUUGCAGACUUGCCACACGCUCUGCGGGUGGCGAUGGAUACUUGGCGCCCUCCUGGAACUGUAAGCGAAGUUCCAAAAGCGGCUAUACGGCGGCGAACUAAACGUGGUGCCUCGCACCUCUUUCGAGGAUCUACGCGGACAGACAAGAAGGAAGAGGAGCACAGACAACCGAGCAUGAGGCAAGAAGACGGGCUGGCGGACCGAGUCGGACAUGGAGAGAAUCCAGGAGAGCAACAGCACACAGAAGUCGACCUGUUGACGGCUCAGGACCCGCUGCACUGCAUUCACAGGGGGGGGUUGGAGGUCGCUGCCUUGUAUGAUGGAUUGGAAGGCACUGUUGACGGGAUUUUUGCGGAUCUGGGUGUCUCGACACACCAGUUGACUGCGGCGCACAGAGGCUUCUCCCACAGCAUAGACGGACCUCUAGACAUGCGUUUCGAAAGGGGAAACUCUAGCGCGUCUGGCGAUGCAGCUUCUGCCACGAAAGACAGUCCAGAUACGGAUCCUGACCAAGACUGCGCACCAGCAGACGAGACAGCUCUAACGGGAUGGUCGCGUCAGAGUCCUGUGAUCGAUGGUGUGGCGGCAGCAAACGACUCAAGCAGUCACGGCUUGGAGAACGCUCCUUCAGGCAUUGGUGGAAGUCGCGGUGGAAACCUGGAUGCGGCGCAGGUCGUGAAUAGCCUCCCCCAGGCAGCUCUUGCCUACAUUUUCAAGACUUUUGGAGAGGAGCGGCUUGCUGGGCCAAUUGCCUCUUGUAUCGUCCGAUACCGAGAGAUCCACGGCUUACUGAAGACGACGGAGGAGCUGCGACAAAUCAUUGAAGACUGCUGUCGCUAUCGGAACCCUCAGUUCGUUAUCAAGACGUGCUCAAGAGUUUUUCAGGCUCUCAGGAUGUACGUGAAUCAAGAAUUGGAAUCACUGGACAGCCUCCUGACGCAUGCAGAACGCCUCCUUAAACCAGGCGGUCGCCUCCUUAUUCUAUCCUACCACUCUUUAGAAGAUCGACUCAUCAAGCAGCGUUUGAAGCAAAACAAUAAGAACUCUGACUGGACUACUGCGAAUUCUCGCCGACAAGGUUUCUUCUCGCGGAAGCAGCCGACAAGACUGGACCCGACAGGCGAGUUCGGACCACUUACUUCGGCUGCGCGCGGCACAAGAGAGGCACAGGUGCAUCAGCAGGAUCCGCGAGUUCUCGAAAAACUCCUUUCAGAUGCGGGUUUUGGGCAAGAGACCGCCAAAUAUGGAAAUUGUUUCGAUGCAGAGGAUGUUCAACGGCAGCUGUUUGGUGCGGGGGACACUCACAACGAGAGGGAGAACAAGCUUUGGCAUUUAGUAUUGAAGAAGCCUUUAAAACCCAAGGAGGAAGAAGUUCUUCGAAAUCGGCGGGCGAGAACCGCAAAGAUGCGCGUGGCAGCAAAACUACCAGCCACGCAGGCCAUGCCAAGGCACUGAGACAGCUGUGGCAUAACAGUUCGCCACUGCGCGAUCAACAAGAAAGAGUGCGAGUGUCGAAAACAGCUUUUACUACACAGCGUGAUAUUUUGGUUGGGAAGGAACAAACAGUCCAUUUCUCUUGUACCUAAGCACUCACGGAAUGCACGUCACGUGUUGUUUUCGAUGUCCAUCAUCUGUGGUGAGGCAGCGUGACGUCCAUUUUUUUUCAUUGCGGCUCAUCUGCCAUCGAGGGCUGCGUGGUAACUUCUUGGCGGCCAAGUAACUUCAAAACGGUUUCCGGUUGUCGUUAGAUUCUUCCAGGCAUUACUGCGUUGUAUGAAGGGGAAAAACCAACAGAUAGAGUGGGGACCUAGUGAUGCUAGUGAAACAUAGCGUGUGAAUAAUUCUGACAUACAGCACACUGACUAUUUCCAGUAGCGUAUUGCCAAUCUGAACUGCCGCGGGUUAGGGCGAUACAUUUUCUCAACUUCAAACUCUGCGAAAAAUGGCCUUUCACUGCAGUGAAAAAAAGAGAUGUGUUGCCUCAGGGACUCUCGUUUAUUCGGCUGGCUUCUGGAUGCACACUGAAUCCUGGCGGGCUUUAUUUAUGCUCGCCUGCAGCCGCCGGAUGGCACGAAUAUGUGAGCCUUCGCUGUGGCAAGUGGUGAAUCUCACGUCUUCUUGACAGGUAGACAUGAAUGGCACCGACAGGGAACAGGUAUCAAAGUGACAAAUCUUGCUGGUAGUGUGUGCAGCAGGCGAGACAGCGUCGCCGUUCUCUAUGUUCUCUUCCUCUGUAUGGGUCAGCCUCUCUCCUUCCACCGAGUCCUAGUUCGCGCGUUCUAUGUCUACAAGCCUUCUACGUUUUGAGUCGCCGCAUGUGAAUGACAGCGGUUGUCAUUCCAAACCGAGCACUGGUGGGAUUAGAACAAUCGUGAGCGAUAGUAUAUCAGCAUCUCUUUUGAGGUGUCACUUUCUCUUUUCUUCUGUCUAUGCGAGAUAAGACUCCUGAUUUUAGUGCACCAUCAUCGUGUUAGGCGGAAUCGAUAAUGUUCGCCUAGCAACGUUAGGUGGUGACCGCGAGUUGACAACGCCUCGGCCGAAGAACACACGGAGCCAAGAGAUUCUUGAUAAGUGGGGCGACUCGUGUAGAGUGUCUGUUCGUUGCAGCACAGGGAAUCUGAAGGAGGGACGGAGACCUUGCAGUGCCGCAUUCACUGCUACCCGCACUAACAUUCGAUAGAAGUGGAAGCUUCAAAUGGUGGAUGGCACGUGGCUGGUAUGAAGAGGUCUUGGGCAAGUAUAUUGAAGCUUCGCCAGUUCUGUGGAAUGCCAGGAUGCCACAGCGCGCGCCUAGUCUGUAUCUAGGUGAGUCAACAAGGAGGAAGGGCGUCCAGUCUACAGCUACUAUUUCCUUCCCCGUCGGCAACUUGGAAACUUUCACGCCAAACUGCUCGCACAGGUGUCCCACGGGCUGAAGAUUCAUGGCACUAGUGAGAACCUGUGACACCAAAUCGAUAUGUGCUGGCUUUGUUAGCAGGUCGUUUUGAGAUGCACUGGUGGUACUCCCGGAGCGCUCGCAGAUAUGCCGUAUCACAUCAAGCGAAACCCAACCUUUUCGAUCCCUCGGAAGUGGUGCCAUCGAAGUGUAGAAGUUUCCGUUGCUGUAGGUAGCAAGGGCACCAAAAGUGAUUAUUUCAGUCCGAGCCGAAAUUCUCCCAGCCCAAUUCUUAAAAUUCAACGCUCACUACCGCUAUUCGAAAAGUUGAGUCCCUUUGGUUGCAUGCCUCGUAUAAUUGGGGUCGCGAUGAUAGUGCCUUGUGUGCGUCUCCGAAAUGGCUACAUGGUUUUAUCGAUGGCAGGCUUGACUAGGAGCUGCGUGCUCACAGCAGCCACCGUAAUUUCGCCGAAACUGUGCCCCACCACAAGAUGGACCAAAAUCUUGAGUAGCUCGGGGACAAGACAUCUGGUCAAGCAAGCUGUCGUGGUCAGAUAGGAGAGAUGCAACAAUUUUCACACUCUUCCCGAGCUGAGUGGCGGUUUCGCAGUCUCGUUGCAUGCAAGGGACAGACGGUGUGCCUCAUCACGCCGACUAGCCAUCGAAUGAGUUACCAGGAUAUCGAAGGGAGUCACAUAGCAGAAGCAUCCGCUGAUCGCUUACUAAAACAAACCUCCACGUGUCUUUUCUUCCAACGAUUGAUUCCUGAGAAUUCAAUGUCAUGGGUUGUUCUGUGCGGUGGUUGUUGCUGUGCAGGGGCUGUCACUCGCGAGUGUCUGCGCUUGGUGUACACGAUUUUGUGACGGAAUCAUUGUGUUCGUAGUAUCGGCGAAAUGCUCACUCAUAAAUUCAUGUUUUCGAACGUGCAAAACAUAUAUGUGGACAGGGAAGAAAGGCAAAAAUAGUGGCGAAGAAGUUUGACGUAAAGUGGCAGUGACCAUUCACUUCCCCCUUCAGGUGACUACCCCCAAAGCGCAUUGUGCCUGCCCGUCCUUUUAGUUGCACUUGUUACAACAGUCUCCACAAUGGCGUUCGCUUUUCUCUGGUCGGUGAAAUUCGUGACGUGUAUGUUUUUAACUUUGGUCUUCCGUGUCGCUGCGAUAAGAGAGCAACGUAACACGCGUCUAAUCGAGGCUGUUGAGAGGGAGGGAGUGGAUCGGGCGUCAUUUGCCGAGGUUCAUGUGCCGACGGUCAGUUUUGUUGAGAUUGAACAGCGCUACCCCGGGCUUAUUAACGCCGAAAUGACAGGGGUCGAUGUAGAUUCUGCGUGUGCUUGCAUGGUGAACAAGCAGUGCAACCCUGAUGAAUGAAGAGGAGCUACGCUCAAGCUGUUGCUCCGUUGACCCUAAACGCCGUCCGAAAGCUCUCAUCUACGGGGUACGUGUCUUGGCGACGUAUGCGUCACCCUGAAGAAGCAUGUUCAGCUCAGCAGACUUCAAGAGUGUUCCCUUCGCUGAUAUAGCAGAAGCCUCUACCUGGACGGUCCAGGCGACCCGCGGGGCUUCAAUCGUGCGCGUUGCCGGUUGAUGUUCUCACCUCCGUCCCUGAAAACAAAUCCUGAGGCAGUGCUUCGAUUUUCCAGGAUGGGAAACGAUUUACCUGCGAUUGUGUGAGGGGAAUAUACAACAGCAUAUCCCAAAUCCUCUUUCAGAACCGUGUCGCGUCCUUGUGAUUGGUUGCCUCGGUUUUCUCAUCUAUUCUUCUCGUACCGCCAGGAUAUCAGCUGAUGGCCUUCAGUAGGCACGUAAUUUCGACGCUGAUAGAGGGGUUGUAUUGUGUUUUCUGGUAAAUGUCGCGCUCUGUAGUAGGGAAGUGGUUGGUUUCAAGUGUUCUUUCAUGUACAGGGACGUCACCGGAAGGGUAACGGUUUGUUCUGUCGGGGACCGUGGACUGUCAGAACAGCUCAUGCUACAGAUGAUAAACCCAUGACGAAUUCCGGCACCGCUCAGGCUGCUCAGCUAUCCAGUCCAAUGGUAUUUGUAAGCGGCACAGUUGGUCCGUGAUCGAGUACUGCGCUUUCUUCAGAUGCACUGUCUGUAGACAAAUUCGUACUUCUGGAAAAGACGCAGUUGCCGGUGGUUGGGUCCAUCACUCACAGCUGUAAAUCGGCUGUCAGUGUAGGUUCUAAAGAAAUGCGUGGUUUUUACUCUCGAGAGGUGCCUGCUAAUUCAGUUGUUUUAACGAAGCAGUUGACUUGACACAAAAGGGGUUUUGAAAGUUGUCUACAUACACUCACUAGUCGGAUGCGAGGAGAACGAGCUGUUGUACCCGCUCCUCCCCUAGUAGAGUUCAUUCACGCACUAUCAAGGUCAAUAAGGUCGCCGAAGAUGGCGUUCCAGCACUCUUUUCGGAGUUCGUCGACGGCCUCGUCACUUGACCGCCAGUGUGAAACACUCAUCUCCAUUAUUCGGAGAUUCUCGCGGUGAUUCUUGCCAGGCAAGUGAUGUCGUUCAAACACGGGUCGCUGAAUCUCCGGUAGACACUUCCGCACACGGAUCAAAAACCGUCUCAUGUCGAAGUCUGCAGCCCGAGUGGCGUUUUCCAGCUCUGCCUGCGUUUCAGGAUCCUGCACAACGGAACCACAAGGGAAAGAUAAAAUCUACAUAGGGGAUAGAGUGGCACGAUGAAAUGACGGAGGAGGAGAGACAGAUUCACGGUGUACAGGUCGUCGGCUGUCUUUCCAGCAGGUGUUCCAAUGUAGUAAUACCCAAUCGUUGGCACUGUAUCGCGGAACACACAACAACGACGUUAAUCCUGCUAAUGAACCCGAAUCGGAAAGCUACAUGGGAAUCUGCUGUAGUUGCCUGAGGUGCUGAAUUACAAGGUGCUGCUUCAUCCCCGUUUCUGUUCACAGGUCUGUCACUACUGCUCGGUAUACCUUCGCGAACGUGUCACGUUUCAGUUUGGUUUCCUGCUGGUAUUCAGUUCGGGACAUACGAGGAGCUUGAGUGUUGUUGACAGGCGAGUGCCAUCAUAUCAGAUAUUUGUGUUGCCAGUAGAGACAAGAAUCCGUGCCUUCGGUCCCCAGUAUCGAAG